CCCUGAAGGCCUGAAUUUGCUUCCCUCCUCUCUGUCUCUCUCUCUCGAACCCUCCUCACCUCGCCAGCCGGCCACCACCUCCGGCGGCCCAAAUUCCCCAGCGGCCUCGCCCCGCGCGCUCGCUCGCCCGUCCGGUCCCGUCGCGGUUCCAGCUCCGUUCUAUACUUUCCGUCAAAAUUUAAACGGACAGUGGUUUUGGAGACUCAUCCCUCGACUUGGUCGUUUACUGCUUUUGGUUAACUUAGAUGGGAUUGCCAGAUGAAAGAGUGCAAGUAGAUGCACUAGAAAGACAUUUAUUCGCUGAUUUAUCUUCAAACGACUAUAACAGAAGUAUUGAGGAUGAGGUCCUCCAUGUUGCAUCAUUUGUGGAAAUGGAACAUAAUUUUGUUAAGUAUCAAAUUGCCCAGUGGAUUCUUUUAUCUGUAUUACUAGUGUUAGCUUGGGGAGUAGGAGUGCUCAUGCUACUUUACCUACCUAUUCGGAUAUAUGUAUGUCGGAGGGACUUCCGCUCAAGGAAGUUGUAUUUGACACCACAUGCUGUUGUUUAUAAGGUAAACAAGCCUGUUGCAUUUCCUUGUUUUGGGGUUUUCAAGAAGGAGAAAUAUGUUAUCCUCCCUUCAAUUUCUGAUGUUGUUGUUGAGCAAGGUUACCUCCAAUCCUUUUUUGGGGUAUAUUCUCUCAGAAUUGAGAAUAUUGGUGUUAGAAAGCCUCCGAGUGAUGAUGUAAAAAUAACCGGGGUUGCUCAUCCACAUGAUUUCAGGAAGGCUGUUCUAGUCCAUCUUUUGAACACAAGGAACCUGAAUUUCAGUAGGAGAGCUCCAUCUGAUGGACAACAGAGCACAAGUUUGAAUCCUCUAGCUAGUGCUUGGGAGCCUCCUCUUGGGGAUUUGAUACUAGAAAAGCUUGAUGAAGUUGAAACCUCUGUAAAGAAAAUGCAAGCAAUGAUACAGGGUGUUGAAACUUCCAAGACGAAGACCACAUCGAGUUGAUUAAAUAUAUGUUGACGCUUGACAGGUAUGCUAAGUUUAGUUAAGCUGGCUUCUUUCCUACUUUCACUAUCCUGCGAAAUGAUACAGAAGUAUCCAGGACUUCUAGUGCCAUGUAUUCAUCUUCAGUAGUAGUUCCUGUCCUCAAUAAUUACAGAAAGGUAUGAGUAGAGGACUACCGUUAUCCUUGCUUGUGGUACUAGGGUGUGUCCCAGGAUCAUGAUUGGGCAGGAGAAGAGCAUACACUUCCUUUAACUACCGAGUUUUCUGAUAUAGCAGAAGGGGAAGAAAGAUGUGCUUGAUGAUCAGAUAAACUAAGCGCGCGGAAUCUAGUCGCUGUACGUCAUGCAGUUUCUGUCGUCAAUCUUUGUAAAUCUGCUGGUAAUCGUUUUACUGUUUGCUGUGGUCAUGCCUGUAUUUAUUUUGAAUUCACGAUGACUCAUAUGCUUAAUGUUUUCCCCCUUGCUGUUACGUUUUUGUUGAAUCCUACAAGAGAUGAUGCACUGUAGGAUAAACACAGUCCAAAUUUUGUUGUACUGGACUGUCUUUCUGCAAAAGUAAAUACUGCACUAAAAAUUGCACGUU